CCUACACAUACAGAUUCAAACCAAUAUAUACUAUUCACAAGCAUGCCGUCCAGAGGAGAAAGGUACAACCCAGAAUGGAAAUCCCACUCCCCCCGCCGGAAAAGCUCAUCUUCGUUCACCGCCAACCAAACGGCGUCGCUUACGUCAUCAUAAACAGGCCGAAAUCCCUCAACUCCUUGACCCGGCCCAUGAUGGGGGACUUGGCCAAGGCAAUCAAGAGCCUGGACUCAGAUAAUUCUGUCCGUGUUAUUAUACUUUCCGGGUCGGGUCGGGCGUUCUGCUCCGGCGUUGACUUGACCGCGGCCGAGGACGUGUUUAAGGGAGACGUCAAAGAUGUGGAAACCGACCCUGUUGCUCAAAUGGAGCGGUGUAAGAAGCCGAUAAUCGGAGCUAUAAAUGGGUUCGCGGUGACGGCUGGAUUUGAGAUUGCUUUGGCUUGUGAUCUUUUGGUGGCUUCAAAGGAAGCUAAGUUCAUGGACACUCACGCCAGGUUCGGUAUAUUUCCUUCAUGGGGUCUGUCUCAGAAACUUUCACGCAUAAUAGGGCCUAGUCGAGCUCGUGAAGUGUCUCUGACUGCAAUGGCUGUAAUGGCUGAGCAAGCUGAAAGGUGGGGUUUGGUUAAUCAUGUUGUUGAAGGAAGUGAACUUUUGAAGAAGGCCCAACAAAUAGCAGAAGCUAUUAUCAAGAAUAAUCAAGACUUGGUGUUGAGGUACAAAGCAGUUAUAAAUGAUGGAUUUAAACAAGAUCUUGGCCAUGCACUUGAUUUGGAGAAGGAAAGGGCUCACGAGUAUUAUGCGGGGAUGACUAAGGAGCAGUUCAAGAAAAUGCAGGAAUUUAUAGCAGGUCGGAACUCAAAGAAAACACAAUCAAAAUUGUAAAUUUUCAUCUUCCUUUUGGUUAAAUAACUUUGGUGGAUAAACAUAAGGCGACAAGGAAGGAAUAUAGAUGUUUAAUAUUAUACUUGUUCAAAGACUUCGUACGAACUGAUCUAAGUAUCAAGCCAUAGUUGAUGAUCAUGAUAUUUUGUCUGUUCUCUGAUAUCAUGUUCUCUUCUCAAAAUUAUUCACGCUUCUUGGCCGCUGUUUGAAGAGUCCUCUGUAUUCAGCAGAGUCGUGAUUAAUAGGAUUUCUUGUAUGUGGUGGUCUCUGACUGUGUGGCAUGAUAUCCGUCCACACUUCUGAUAAACCACUAGUUUUUAUUUACAAUGAAAGAGCCUUUAUGUAUUACUUCAUUACAAAAGA